AUGGUCCGCGCGAGACAAGCAGAGAACGGCGCGCGCGCGUGCCAUCCUCCCGCUUGCUGUCAUCGCGCGCGUGGGACCGAACGCCUACAUGCGCGCGCGGUGCAGAGCGCCAGUCACAACGGAGACCCCGGACGACGCCGGCGAACAGACAUGAAGUAUCCCAAGAGCCCUGGUUGUCCGGACAACAGCCUUCCUCCCCGGACUCCCGAGGAAGACGAGGACGAGGAAGGAGAGGACAGAGAGCUGGUCGCCGGGCGGCGGGCUAAGCGAGAGCGUCGCCAGGGCAACGGCAGUGCCACACCCUGCCAGGUGUGCAACAUCCAACUGAACUCCUGGGCCCAGGCGCAGAUCCACUACCGCGGGAAGACCCACCAGAGGAGGCUCCGCCGCCUCAGCAAGGCCGCCAACACAGGGGGACUUACCAGAGGACAGCCCCACCCUCUGCUGGCCUCGCUGGCUCUCCCCGGACGGACCCUCCCGACCCAGACCCCCCCGCAGCUCAGCCUCAAGCACUUCCUGCCCCUCAGGGUGAACGGCUCCACCGGCCCCCUCCACCUCUUCCCCAACUUCAGCACGAUGGACCCAGUGCAGAAGGCCGUGAUCAACCACACCUUCGGCGUGGCUCCGCCCAAAAAGAAGAGCAUCAUCUCCUGUAACAUCUGCCACCUCCGCUUCAACUCCAUGAACCAGGCAGAGGCCCACUACAAGGGCCACAAACACGCACGCAAGCUGAAGGCCCUGGUGGGGCAGCGGGGCCCCCAGCGCAGCAGACAGAGGGCUGGACCCACCCCCCUGGCCCCCGGGAGAGACCGGCAGAAAGAGAGAGGGAGGGCUGAAGGGGUGGCCGUGCUGAGAGACACACAGCGGACCGAUGAAACCAGUCGCAUCGUUGCCACAAUGUCUCCGGAUUCCCCACGGCAACAAACUGAACCAACCCAGGCCAACGUGCUGCCGCUCAUCCUGGUCUCCCCGAGCGCCGACACCACACCCACCUCACCGGGGCUGCCCCCACAAGUUCCCAACCAGACAUGUUCUCCGCCCCCUGACACACUGAUGUCAAAGGCGCUGGUGGUCUACACCGGCGCCCUCCUCCCCGGCCCCCUCCUCCCCGGCCCCCUCCUCCCCGGCCCCCUCCUGCCCGGCCCCCUCCUGCCCCUUCAGACCUCAGACCCCACCCCACCUGCCCAGGGCAGCUCCCCGCUGGGCAGGCAGGAGGAGCCGCAGGAGAAGGAGGAGGGGAAGGGAAGCAAGAGGAGCAGGAACAAGUUGCAGCUCCACUGUCCGUUGUGCAAAGUGACGGUGAACUCCAACUCCCAGCUCGAGGCGCACUGCCUAGGCUCUAGGCACAAACAGAUGCUGGACGGUCAGAGUGGUGGCGGCACCCAAUUGCAACGCAGGGUCAAGGUGACAUCAUCGGCUCGCCCGGCCAGCCGUCCAAAGUCUUGGGCAGGCUUUAAGACCAGAGCUGGCCCGGUUCCAGCCGGUCAGCCCUUCCACUGUGAACUGUGCCAGCUGUCCGUCAACUCUGAGUCACAACUUAAGCAGCACAUGAGCAGUCGGAGACACAAGGAGCGUGUGAGUGGGAAGCCGUCCAAGCCCAAGUUCACUCCGUACGCUAAGGUCCAGCCAAGCACGCUGCUCGCGACUAAACUGGCCCUGCAGAAACAUCUGUCCAAGGCCCUGCCUCCGGGCUUCCUUCACAACCCCUUUAACCCCGCCGCUCUCUGCACGCUAGCCUCGGGGCCGCUGGCCCUGAGGGGCCCACACGGCCCCACAGCCUUCUUCCAGGGGCCUCUGAUCAGCCCCACACUCUUCAGGCCUGCCCCCGGACCCCUGCGAGCCACGCACGCACCCAUAAUCUUCUCUCCAUACUAGCCGUCCGGCCACAACCUGCUAACUUUAAACCAUACCCAGCCCAGUCAUGGAUACGCUUCCAUACUACAACUACAAGCCAGGAGCUAAUCAAGCGAUGCUUACCCAUGACUUUGCUAGCACAAAAGCUCCAGCUAGAUCAAGCUAUACCUAGCCUAGGCUGGCAUAAAGGUACUAGCAAGUUGCUAUCAAGCUAUACCUGGCCUAGCCGAGGCUACCAUAACAGGCUUAUCAAGCUCUAACUAGCCUACGCUGGGCUAGCAUUACAGCAUAGCCAGUGGCUAAUCAUGCCAGUAUAACAUAACUGGGUUGGCAUAGCAGUGUAGCCCUGACGACAGUAGAUUGAUGUCCCGUUUGGCAGGUUUCACGUCAUGACUAAAGUAUGCAAACUCCUUGAGCUACGGGGAUUUAGAUGUGAGACGCUGAGAGACCGUGGCGUCCCACCGAACAUCGAAGAUCCCCUGCUCUGAUCAGCUGUUCUCCUGAGGUUCCUCUCAAAGCCAUGAUGACAAGACAGAUUUAUGUUUGUUAAUAAGACCUUGCUAGUUUAAAUAUAGAUUGUCUGUGUUCAUUAUACACGUCAACGUUGCCAUUUAUAUCCUUAUGAAGAUUUCUCAAGUGUGCUCCAAGGGAACAAGUACAAUCUUUUCAUUUUGUGUUCUUCAGUUUUGUUUACAUUGCACAACUCAUUUCUGAAAAAAAAUCCUUAAGAUGAUACAUAACCUUUGAAAGACUGAAUCUGCCUAUAAGACAUUUGGCUUAUUUUGUGUGUGUCUCUCUCUCCCUGUAAGUCUCUCCGGGGAACAUAGUGGCAGUCCGUCGUAACCCUUCAACGCAAUGCCAAGUACAGACUUCAAGCACACAGUUUAAUCCCAGGUUUUGGAUUUGCAAUUCUUUGAGCUGCAUGUCCUUAAGGAGCAGGUGGGGGCUACGGGCAUCUUGACCACGGAGGCCUACAGUAGACUGCAGACAUCUGGUCGACAUUGGGGAGUGAACCUGGAACUUUAUGGCUGUGUUGUAGGGAUCCACUCUGGCCAAGAGAGUGUGUGUUUCUUUGACUUAUUAUAUCAUGGUACAGCUGUGUUUUUUAACCUAAUUUAUGUAUUAUAUAUGAGGUUAAAAGAAGAUGAUGGACAGAUCAAAUCUGAAUAUUUUAUCCUUGUUUGCUGCUAAUACACAACUAAUUCAAUUCACUGAUAACUUUAUUGCAGACCCAGUGGAGCCAUAAUUUACAGCUACAGACAAACCUUAAAAUGUACUAAUUUCCCAUCUAAAAAAUACACAUGAUGCAGAGCAAAGCCAGUGCCUCUGAUGUGAUUCUAGCUACCAGGUUUGUUAGAACUACUACGGCAGAAUUCCCAGACACAAUCAGGCGACAAAUACAUGUAUGCAUUCGAUAUCUUAUGACCUGUCUAGGCAAGACGGUACACCAACAAAGACAAACAUAUGGCUAGCACUGUUAUGGCUUGAUGCAGCAACAACUGCAUUGCGUCGUCAUCGUUAUGUGCGGGGCCACCCUGUGUAUUUGCAUGCAGAUUUUCCUCCAGCUGACCCACAAGAAAGCAGUUUACUGUUGUGUAGAAGGCUUUAAACUAUGAACAAUUCAAAUUAGCACAACACGUAAACUUUCAAAUCGACAAUUUGGACCUUGCAUAGCCUAUAAUCAUCAGUGAGGUCAUUGAUGAUACAGUGGCUGGCCUUUUACCUCUUUACAUUUGUUGAGUGCAUUACCAGACAAGAAUAAGGACAUUUAGAUUCCUGGCGUCUUUUGGAUUCAACAAUCUUAUCGUUGCUUUUUAUUGCAUUAUAUUUUGAGUUAUGCAUAUUGCAUUAAAUUUUAUACCAUCAUCAACCCCAUACUGGCAGCAUAUUUGCAAAAAGCGUGGCAGGCCAGCCCCCUUAAUAUCAACAGGUUAUCUGCAUGCAUGAGAUGGUUACUGUAUUACCAACCAUACAGCCUUUCAUCUGUACUUAUAGGUCACUCAUGUACAGGUGGAAUAAAACAGGUGAUAACGCUCCACUCUGCCUGAUCCCGUUGCUAAAACAAAAAGGAGCAGACACAGUGGUACCCAUGUAGACUGCACUGUUUGCGGUGCAAACCUGAACACCAAUUUCCGGAUGGUAUACUUACACCUCUAAGAUUUUAGUGAAUCCUUUUCAUGAAUAACUCUCCAGAUUAGAUGCAUUCAGGCAAAGGUGGCCUCAAUAUAUGUGUUAGGUUUGGGGUUAGAUACAUAGAUACAUUUAGGCUGUUGUAUUUAGCUUAUAUUUACUUGAGGAAGAAUAUACAGAUAUUUGCCAUGUUUGCUUUUAAAGCAAAAUUGGUAAUCACUGGUGAGAAUACAAAACUAUAUCUUCUCAGCAGGAUUCUCAGUGACACCAUUAUUUAAAAUUUAGUUUUUCUCCCUACAGAUAUUUUACCGGCCGACUACGCUCAAGGCAUGCCUUGCUCUCUAUAUACAUGAUAGUAUUUUACAUUACAUACAUUUGGUGUGUACCAGUCCAGUAUGCCCCGUAAUCAAAGUCUCAAAUUUUCAUCCGGUUCUAAUUUAGUGGGACGAAGCCAGUGGUUUAAGAUGAACUUGAAAGCAUGAAGGUUUUCUCCUCAGACCAGUCUCUCAUCUAAGGGGGUUCUAUCCACUAUGUAAUACAAUGUAAUUUCCGUUUAAAGGGUUUUAUCAUUUUAAUGAGGUUAAGGGGCGACACCUCUUUGGCAGAACUCGCCACCACCAUUUGAGAGCAUUUUUUUUUAUAUAUAUGGCAUCCAGAAAAGUUUCAGAAGUAGUUUCUUUGAAGUAGUUCCCCAAACAAUAAAUAAUAUGCUUGUCCUUCUCUUAACUGAGGGUGGCAGUGUUGAGCGGUGAAGAAGAGCUGCUCCGGAAGAUGAAAAACGUCCUAAAACCUCAUUAACCUUUUCAUGUUUGAUAAUUAUCGGGGGCCCAAUGCAAGAUAUUUUCGUGGUGCCCUCAAUCCCUAGUGACGAGGCUGGCUACACUAGGUAGUUCUCGAAGGCUUAAUGACUGAAUAGGAUAUAUAUAUAUAAAUGAAUGACUUUCAAUAAAUUAACACCCUGUGUAGCUUUAAAUCAAUACUCAUUAUCUAAAGAAACACAUCUCUCUUCCACCAGAUUGUGCCAAACCAUCUCAAGCAAUAUGUCUUUGAAGUUGUAUGAAGUAUUACCUAUAAACCCAUGCAUUGCAUAAUUUAUUGUACAUCCAUUCAUUGCAAUAAUGUAAAUUAUUAUUCAUUAAGAGAAAAAUGUCUAUAAAUUGUUGUAUAUUACUCUAUAAAUUAUACAUUUCUUUCAUAUAACAGUGUUUGAUUCUUAUUAAGUAAAUAGGCCAAGGGGCCAACCCCUCAAAACACAUGAGAGAGAACAAUUUCACUGUUAAUUCAUGAUUAUUUUUUA